ACAACAACCAAUAACAUGUACAGACACUAAACAAUACAGCUAGAAGUCAAAAGGGGAGAAGACAGCAAGGUUUCACAGGAUAAAAGGGUUAAGCAAAGAAACUAUAGGCAAGUGUGAUAGACAGUAACAGCAGUUGUCUUGUCCACCACAGCUACAGAAACAGAAGGCCUGUGUCUGUGCUUGUCUGUGUAUGUAUGAGAGAGAGAGAGAGAGAGAGAGAGAGAGAGAGAGAGAGAGAGAGAGAGAGAGAGAAAGAGAGAGAGAGAGAGAGUUUAAGUAUGUAACAGCAUCAGAAAACGCACACAAAUAUGACAUCAUUUCUGCUUCUCAUCCUUAUGUCAUGUUUGGAGUCAGGCUCUGGUGUACAUGCGAUUGACGUGACUGGAUAUGUUGGGGAUGAAGCUGUGUUCAGAUGUCCUUAUGUGUCUGGGUAUGAAGAACACUACAAGUACCUCUGCAGAGGCUCGUGUCCUAUCAUUGGACAUAAAGACAUUCCAAUCGAGACUGAAGCAGGUCAGACCAAAGCAAUCACUGGAAGAUUCUCUCUGCAUGAUGACACCACUGCUGGAGUCUUCACAGUAACCAUCACUGGAUUAACUGCAAAGGAUUCUGGGCAGUACUGGUGUGGGAUUAAAACAGGAUUUGGAAAGCGAGAUGUGUACACUAAGAUACAGUUACAAGUUAUACAGCCCGUGUCAGAACACCCAACAGAUUCUGUCUCAACUGAAAAAGGAAAUUCAAACACAAGUGUACUGGUUGGUACCAUUGUGGGGCCUAUUCUGAUUCUAAUAGCAGUCUGCGCCCUGCUGCGGUUUCAUCUCCAAAAGAGAAAAAAAGCAUCACAGACUUUAGAUUGUGUAUCCACAAUCACCAGCUCUCCCCCACAGUCAAGUAGAGGCAGAGCAGCAGAAAGCUAUCAUCCAGCUCUUGCUGCAGCGUCUGAGCCUGUUUUGGACCCCUCAAACUCAGCUGCCUGCACCACCCCGACAACUACCCCAUCUCAGAUUGAGCCCAAGUACUUGAGCCUGAAGCCCAGCAGCUCAGCUUCCCCCGAGUCUGUGUACCAGACGAUGACUGCCGCGCCUGUGCGGAAGGCCAAGGCGGCCAUGUCAAGUUCUGUGAGGAGCGUGGACAACGAGUACAUCACCAUGGGACCUCCGUUGUCAAGAGCUGUGAAGCCUCAUGGGAGAAACUCAAAGCGGCCGUGUUAACCCUUUGUAGACUGCACGCUCAAAUAUUGGUACCCAAGAACCGAUGACUUUCAGUCUACAAGGGGUUAAAUAAUCUGACUUUUACAAGUUACUGUUGUUGUUGCACCUUUUUUUACACACACAUGCAUAUUCAUUAAUAUAUCUGUUUGCUAUGGCUCUCCCCCAAAAACUGUAACUUAGUCUUAUAUUGUUUGGAUGAUGAUAUGUGAAAUUUUUGUUUGAAACUGUGAUGUGGCAUUUGUUUAAGUUUUUGUACUGACAGAUUUGUCUGUCUCCAGUAAUGCACGGGUAAUUUCACUGCAUGACCCGAACAUGUCUGAUGCAACCUGACCGAGAUUUGAACCCAUUGAGGAAGAAACAUCCUUAUUUAUUAUCCUCGAUUUGUCUCCACUCACAAAGGCUGACACACGCUGCAUUUGUAUGUAAUUGGAGACAGCCAAAGAUGUUUUAAACAGUUACACAGUUAGAAUGUAUUGCUUUGUUUUAAGGCUUUAGGUGAUACUUGACUAGUUCGCUUUUUUUCCAUUUUUACUGACCCGCCCACAAUUUCCACAGAUGACUGGGAUAAUAAUUUGACUUGCAAAUGCAGAUGAUCAUGCAUCACAGUAUUACCACUAGGUGGAGCUAGAACUGUCAAAAUGGUAUGCUCUGUUGCAGGACUGAAGGACUGGAGUCUGAUCAAAAUCCAUCUGUAAAGGCUGGGCAUUCGCCACCUGUUAGGCAAUUGAAUGCCUUCCAAAACUCAUCUUUGAAAUAAAAAAUAUAUAGUGUAACAUCACAGAAAAUGUGUACUUACUGUAGGUGUGAGUGAUGAAGAGAAUUAUUUUUUGUAAAAUUUUUUUCUCACAGCCUUGCCUCUCUCCCUCUGAUUUUGGAGUGAAGCUAUGUACCCAUUGAGUUUCUACCUUUUCUUAUUAUAAUGCAUCAUUUUUGAGCCCUUGGC